GCCAUCUAAAUAUAACCCUGAUGUUACCAGGUGAAAAACUGGUAUGGAGUGUAACUCUAAACGUAAACUUCAUGAUUGCAUUUGACUUUAUAGAACAUUGAUUUAGACCAGAAAAGCCUUUUUAAUAACAAUAUGCAAACAAUUAUGUGUAUCGAUCACUCAGUCUGGACUUGCAAGAUGAGCUUACUUGAUGUCUUGUAUCUCCCACCUUCAAACUUAGACAGUGGCAGAUGUUAAAUUAUCAUUAGGUAUUGUGUAAUGUUACUUUGAAGCAAAACAUGAUUGCGUUAAUUUAAAUUAAAUGAGGGGGGAAAAUGUACAUCUUGUAGGAAAAUUGUAAAUUUCUACUUUCACUUUAUAUUGAUGGCACCGUGGAAAUUCCCAUUAGAAUCAUACCAGGAAGUACCUGUAGCUAAUCAUAUCAUUAUCAAUACUGUAAAGUGGAUCUACCUAUUGUGUAUAAAAAAAACAAGGAAACAAUUUAGACUUAGUUGAUAUAAAGUCAAAAUGAUCACCAGACCUUUCAUAUCUUAUUAUAUACAUAGAUAUUAGAGUGUUCAUGUCUUAGGUCAAAAUGAUAUCAUGCCAAUGUGCACAAUGUAGACGGUUGUAAUUCUGCUGCAUGUGGAAAACCAAUUCAGUGGAUUUUGUUACUGUGUGGCCAGAACAGGGGAAAAUAUCAAUGGAAACCCGGAAAGGAUUUUAUAAAUGUAUGUUAUAUUAACACCUGCUCAGGUACAUAAUACCUCUGCUGACAUAGUUUGGUGAUACACACAACAUCCUUUGCCGCCAUGGAGGAACAUAAUAGGGUGGCAGACGAAAAGUCUCUGAGGCAGGGAAUCGCAAGGAUGCGUGCGGCCAUGCUACCGUAUAUACUUGCGAAUGAGCCACAAAACUGUACCAAAGAAAUGCUUGCUUUGUCACGGGUCAUCUGUGACUUAAACAUGAAAUAUCGUGUAAUUGAUAUGGAGAAUUUGAUCCGUGAGAAUUGUGAGGAAUUAGACCAAGUGAAGAAAAUUGGAUUUGCCUUCAAUAUUCUAGAGAAAUAUGCACGACAUUUGUUGAAGCCACUGAAAAAUAGGGCAGAAAUGUGGAGAUAUGUCAAAUUUAGCAACACCUUCUUCAGGGAUCGUGUCGAUGUUAUCAAGGGAGGUCGGAAAAUAAUGAGGCAGAUGGGAUAUACAGAAGAUAUUGAGGGCGGUAUGGCAUUUCCAGAGGAUCAAGACAGUGACGCUAAUACAAUUGCCGAAAUGGUCUUUGACAUGGUACUGAUGAAGUAUGAAAUUACAAACCUUAUCCAUGGACUGCAUCCAGCACCGGAGAUACUUGUUGACCUCAUAAAGCCAUUUGCAAAAAAUGAGUUGCAAGUGUUGCAGUCGGUGAUGGACUACCGACGCAAUAACAAAGACCCGCCGGAGAAGAAGGAAGAACCAGUACACAACUUUGUGGUACCAUUAGUUAACCCUGAAAGAAUUAUACCGGCGUUUCCGGGGACCGAGGGUUAUACACCGAAUUCUGGCCUGGAAGGAUCCACCAUGGGACUACCUGGGGAGAUGAGGGGCCAGGCUCCAGGCUACAGACACCCUGGAGCACCCCACAUACCAAGCAUUGUCCAACAGGCAUGGGACUCAAGCACCUCAGAGAAUUCCGGACAGCAACAGAUAGCAGGUUCUGUUGAGGAAGCCAGCUCAGGAGUGAAGGAUGAUGACCAGUUAUGUAACAGCGUGGUGUGUGAUAUCUGCGGUAAACAGGCGCCGGAGCUGGUCUGUUCCCAGUGUGACAACAAACAGCUAUGUACAAACUGUGACCAAAGAUGGCACACGCAUCCCAAACGCAAAAACCACCAGCGUGAAGUCAUCAAGACUGGUGAGAACAGGACUGAAAGUAUGAGGGGAAUACCGUGUAGUGAGGAGUUGGGCUUGUCUGAAGCUCAAAUGCCACAUCAGAUAGGGACACCUGUUGAUGGGAUGUUGUCACAGACAGGGGUUCCUGUGACCAAUGAGACCACACCCCCUAUGAGUGUAACAGGGAUUGCACCAGCUUCUCAGGAUCCAAGUUGGAUCUCCGAGGACCCGCUUGGUGUAUCAAAUAAUGUCACUGACUUCAAUUCUGGUACCAGGGGGAACACAGAUGUCAACCAGGCAAGCCAUAGCUACAGUAAUCAAGGUCAUGAGACCCAGUCUAUGGCUACCCUACCACCACAGACUCAUCCGUCACCACCAGCUAAAGUGAGAUCCCCCAGCCUCCCCCAGCAUAAGAGUUCCAAUGCCAACGCUGCGCCUGGUGGGCCACCAACUUCCAAACUAUUGCGCAGGAUCAUGGAUAUACAGGAUCUUGAUAGGAGGGAGUCCAAGAUCCACAUUGACCUGGAAAUGCUGCACCAAGAGAUACAGGAUGUCGAGGAACGGUCCUCUGUCCUCAUUGAUGAAGGGGCAGAUUUUGAGGAUGAGGAAUACAAAAGUUUAACGAGGAGGAAAUUUAAUCUUCAGAAAGAGAAAAGGGAGAUUGAUAAAUAUUUUAAGGAAAUUUUUCCUCAUGACAAACACAAAGGAAAGGUUGAUAUUGCCAAUCAGCAUAUUUUCCGUCCCCCUAGUUCUACUCCUGGGCCCCAAAUAGAUCCUCGGGAUCCUGUUCACGGACUAAGAAUGAAUGCCAGUAUAAUAGGAAACAGUGCUGUACUCUUUGGGUCUCCGGCAUCUGCUAUGAGCUCAGUGGGUCAGCAGGGUGGAUAUGGCAGCCCAGCAGGUCAGUCCUCUGGUGCUUAUCUAACCCCGGGUCAACCUUUACAACCACCAGUGUCAAGUACAAUUGGUCAGGCUACGGGACAAAAAAUAAUGGAUGUCGCAGCUCCGAAAGCCAUGGACUCCAAUUCCAACCAAUAUACCCCAGUUACAAGGGCAGGGAGUGCAGACUUAUCACGCCAAUACACCCCGGUUCCCAUAACUACCCAUCCCUACAACAUGCCUGCACCUCAGCCACAGCAUACAUACACUAGUAUGGGAAUGCAGUACGGUCAGAAGAUGUCUCAGCCACCGAUGCCCCCAGCCCUUCCAUGUGACCAGGAAAACGGUCAACUAGAAACCCAGCAACAGGCCCCAGGGUACUCCAUAGCUCGUCCUCCGUUUGGUCCCCAGGAUAGGCCACAGGAAAACUUAGUGUCUUCCAAAUUAAAUAAUUCAGCAGAUCCAAUGGAAACAUUAGCCGUGACAGAAAACACUAUUAACGAAGGUCUACUGGAGGCUAAUAAGGAGUUGAAAAGAGAGCCACAUGUGCCAUUUAAACUGCAGAAAGUGCACUACCCCCCACAAGCUGUACCUAUAGUUCCUCCACCAGUACCAGCUCCACAACCACCUGGACUGAGAGAGGCAGAAUAUCUUCAGGCGGCUAGUGCCUCAAUGCAGGACAUCAAUUCAUCCAACCUCACCUCUACUCUGCUCAACAAACAAGUACAAAAUGAGAACAAGCCAGUGAAAAGGAGUCAAAACUAUUCCCUCCCUGCUCCAGCUAGUUCAGGAUAUCUCCCCGGAGCUGUGGCUCGGAGUAGGUCUGAGGGGGCUUCUUGUAAGUGGAUGUGUCAGCACUGCACCUUCUACAACCAACCGGAUGUUAAGGCAUGUGCCAUGUGUAGCAAGACCAGUCAGAACCCCACGUUUGUGUAUGAUGAGGACAGGGAAACUGGUGCUUCCAGCAAUUUGGCUCCAGAAACCGUUGUGGAGGACGAAGAGGAAACCAAGGUUCUGGACCGGGCAGUACGCCAUGGCCAGAUAGCAUACAAUGAAUACAGACAAGUAGAAAUUGAGAAGAGAGAGGCUCAUGAGAAAUAUCAAGAACUUCUAAGACAGGAAGAGGCAGCAAAACAAACAAUUAUUAAGAAACCUUUACCAACAGAAAUUGCUGGUUUUGUGAUGGUCGAGACACCGUCGCCCAACAUCUUAUAUCCCAAUUUAAAACCACCGGAAUUAAAACUGGAGAGAAAAUCGCCUUCUCCUCAACCAAUGACAUAUUCAAAUUCCCCUCCCCCAUCUUUUACUGGGGGAAAUAAGGAGAUGAACUUCACAGAGAAAAUGAAAGAGUUAAGAUUGAGAAAAAAACAGGAGUCAUUGAUUCAGGAAGGGCGUAGUCUAGUCAAAAUACUCAAGGAGGCUGAGAAAGCAGGCUUUGAAAUGGAAGAGAUCAGUCUCGGUUUAAACAAAUGCGAUCAGGACUUAGAGAAAACUAUCGAAUGGCUGAAAAAUGACUGGCAGAUGUCAAUUGAAACUCUCAUUACUAUGGUAACCAAUGAAGGAACUCGAAUGGAGCAAAAUGAAAUUGGAGAACUUUCCUAUCCCGAGGCCAAGAAGGCUUUGCAGGAAACCAGUGGUGAUCUUGACACAGCUGCUGCCAUCUGUAUCGCAAACAGAAGAGACAUGUAUAAGGAGAUAUCUAGUAGAGGAUACUUCGCCAGAGAGGCAGUUCUAAUGUCAAUGUUGACAAACAAAGGAGAUGUUGAGGCAGCCCUGGAUGAACUGAACCUGGCCAGUAUCCAACCUUUCUAUGAGCGAGUGUGGGCAGAGUUUGACAACGCUCCCCUGGCAGCUGGUGCCAUGGCCAGACCGCUAGACGCUCAGGACGAGACAAGUGUGACGAACAGCAUCCUCAAUCACUACGACUUCUGGGCCUCUGUUACUGAUAAGAACGUGGAUAUGAAUCGACGGGUGCGAAUGAUACUGGUGGAGGGUAAGCUUCAGAGUUGGGGCAGAGCUGAGGUAGUUAUCAAGAUUCUCGACAUAGACAUUGCCAACAAAACAGUGGAGGCCUCCCUUGCAGAAAUCGUAGAAGCUGUUAAGAACUGCCAGGAUUAUAAGAGCUCUAUCGUGUACCUUAGUCAGGAGUGUCAAAUCUGCAUGAGCAGGUUCGCCAUGAGCAGGAUUCGCAGUCUGAGUUCCUGUGAGUGUAAGAUCUGUGUAGAUUGUAUGAGGGGCUACUUUGAGGUGUGUAUCCGAGAGAAACACGUGCGUAACCUGUGCUGCCCCCUGUGUAGCCAACCAGAUAUGGAGGACUCCGAAAUGGCUACCAACUAUCUCACCUUCCUCACCAUGUUGCUGCAGACAAUUGUCAGCCAUGAGGACCUAGAACUGUACGACUCUAAGCUGAGGGACUGGAACCUUCAGAAAGAUCCCCACUUUAGAUGGUGCACGCAUUGUGGUAAUGGGUUCAUAUGGGACAGAGAGAACACCAUCGCCAUGGUGUGUCCACAGUGUCGCAAGAAAACGUGUUACAGCUGUAAGAAACAGUGGGAGGACCAACAUGAUGGUUUGAACUGUGAGGAAUUUGAACAGUGGAAGAUUGACAAUGACCCAGAAAAUCAAGCGAUGGGACUCGCCAAACACCUACAGUUAAAUGGAAUCGACUGUCCCAGCUGUAAGAUGAGGUAUGCCCUCGCCAAGGGAGGCUGUAUGCACUUCAAGUGUCCCCAGUGUGGCCAUGAGUUUUGUAGCGGCUGCUCACAGCCCUUCGUGAAACAGGGGCCGUGUGUGGGAUAUCAGCGGUGCCAGGGUAAAGGGAUACAUAGUCACCACCCGCGGGACUGCUUCUAUUAUCUCCGUGACAACAGUGUUGAGGACCUACAGAGGAUACUCAGGGACAAGAAGCUUCACUAUAAUGCUGAGGCUCAAGAUUCACAGGAUAUAGACCCAGCAUGUCCUGUGAUGGAACAGAAAGAACUUGACAGUCGUAAGAAAGACGAGCCAUGUGGACGAGAUGUUUUAAAGGGACAUGCUGGUCUUUGUAUAAAUCAUUACAAGGAAUAUCUAGUGGGGAUUCUGAACAAGAAUAAGGCUGAUCCAAUCAACAUUCUUACCCUUGAUGAGAUGAAAAAUCUCCUGGAGAGGGAAGAGAAGAACAUCCCACCACAAAAGGAAGGGGAGAGAGACACACAAUACAGAAGGCGUCUCGCCUCGUACAUUAAAGAGAAGUUGCCAAUAAGACGACCCAGGUAGUCAGUAGUAGAACUCACCCACAGUCCUGCACAAUUCAGCACUGAUAGACAUUUGAAGACAUGUAGCCUCAGAUAUCCAAGGACAGACAACCAAGGGUACACGAUACCAACAGCCAAGGACACAGAUCCUAACACAUGGCAGAGGACACAGGCACUGACAGGUGACCCAGGACACAGGUUCUGACAAGUGAUCCAGGACACAGGCUCUGACAGGUGACCCGAGACACAGGUUCUGACAGGUCACCCAGGACAAAGGCUCUGACAAGUGACCAAGGACAAAGGCUCUGACAAGUGACCAAGGACAAAGGUACUUACACGGGACCUAGGACACAGGUUCUGAGACAUGACCGAGGACACAGGUUCUGACAGGUGACCUAGGACACAGGUACUGAUAUGUGAACCAGGACACAGGUUCUGACACAUGACCUAGGAAGCAGGCUCUGACACAUGACCCAGGACACAGGCUCUGAUACAUGACCCAGGACGCAGGCUCUGACACAUGACCCAGGACACGGAUUCUGACACAUGACCCAGGACACUGGUUCUGACAGGUGACCCAGGACACAGGCUCUGACAGGUGACCUAGGACAUAGGUACUGGCAGGUGACCCAGGACACAGGCUAUGACAGGUGACCAAGGACAAAGGUACUUACACGGGACCUAGGACACAGGUUCUGUCAGGAAACACCUGGGACACAAUUUUUGACAGGUGACCCAGGACACAGAUUCUGAGACAUGACCUAGGACACAGGUUCUGACAGGUGACCCGAGACACAGGUUCUGACAGGUGACCCAAAACACAGGCUCUGACAAGUGACCAAAGACAAAGGUACUUACACGGGACCUAGGACACAGGUUCUGAGACAUGACCUAGGACACAGGUUCUGACAGGUGACCUAGGACACAGGUACUGACAGGUGAACCAGGACACAGGUUCUGACAGGUGAUCCAGGACACAGGUACUGACAGGUGACCCAGGACACAGGCUCUGACAGGUGACCCGGACACAGGUUCUGACAGGUGACCUAGGACACAGGCUCUGACAAGUGACCCAGGACACAGGUACUUACACGGGACCUAGGACACAGAUUCUGAGACAUGGCCCAGUACACAGGUUCCCUAGGACACAGGUACUGACAGGUGAUCCAGGACACAAGUGAUGACACGUGACCCAGGACACAGGUUAUGACAUGUGACCUAGGACACAGAUACUGACAGGUGAACCAGGACACAGGUUUUGACAUGUGAACCAGGACACAGGUUCUGACACAUGACCCAGGACGCAGGCUCCGACAGGUGAACAAGGAAUCGGGUAUUUUACCAGCUGGCAUUUGGUUCUGAAGUAGAUGGCUGAUUACACAGGUCAUUAGAGCCAAGGACACAGUUUGGAACUUAAAUCCAAGGAGACAAGUUCCAUAAUCACAGUCAGCCCGAGAACAGGUACUCAGAGUUUUGGGGCUCUGAUCACGCAGUCCCUGCCAUAGUACCACUUGAUUACAAGUCCUGCCGACACCAACACCUUGAAUUACCAUGCUGUCUCGAAAGCCUCCGUAUAAUGCUAGUAUGAUGGGACACGAUUUUGUGAAAUAGGUGUGAUAUACCCAAAUACAGGUUCUGGUUUAUAAGCGAUGCUGUUACUCAACUUCUUGGAAUGUGAGGAAAGCCUUUGAUUUACCUUAAUUAUCAACAUUCCACUUCACUUGAGAAAUUAUGAUAAUUAUCAUAUAUCUGUAAAUAUGUUAAAAAAAAUGUAAAUAUAUAUAUAUGCACAUCAGUCUUCUACACAAAGUCUUCUUUUCAAUUUACAUAUCAAGUGGAUUAUGUUGUAUAGGUACAGUACAUGUUAUACUAUUUUACCAUUUCAUGUACAUUAUGAUUAAUAUAUAUGUAAUUACAUUGAAAAUAUACAAUGUAUGUAAUUACAGUUAACAUAAGUAAUUACAUUUUAGUUGAAUAUGUAAUUACUUUUACAUGUACAUACAUAUGCAAAUACAUUUACCUGAAUACUAGGGUAUGUGUUUUUUUCUCUAUAUAUGUGUAUGUAAUUUUAUUUUAAAUCAAUGAAAUAUUUUUUUCUGGGUAUUAAUACUUUUAUUUACAAAUGAUGGAAGUAGUCUGGACCUGACUGUAGCUUUGUAGUCUUUGGUAGAAAAGCAGGACUUGUGAGUUGGUACUUGUCCUGCCUAUAUCACUACACAGGCAGAAUUUCUUGAUGUCAAUUUGACCUGAAAAUAUCCUUACCUGAACUUGACUUGAAUUUCAGGUCAAUUUCACAUGAAAAUUUAUAUUAAUGUGCAUUCAGGUGAAAUUCAUGUCAAUUCAUGUCAAAUUAACCUUUAGUUAUGACCUGAAAAUGACAUUAAGAUUUUUUGCCUGGCUAAGAUAUUCCUAAAAUCUCUUUGAUUUAUUUUUGUUUUAUCUAUACUCAGAUUCAAGUCGUUUCACCCUUCGUCUAAAACAUCUCCCUGUAACUCUUUACAAUGUCAAUUUGUUUCUGUACCUCACAUUUUGUGGUGAUAAGAUUUAUACUGAAAGUCACCAUUUUUUUUUGCGUUCUGCUUGUCUGCUUAAUUUCUGUUAAUGUGAUAUUGUACUGACAAUGUAGGUUCAUUGAUAAACACUGGCGAGACAUUAACACAAGGUCAAAAUCUUAAAUAACCCAAUCUGUCAAAUGCCAUGCCUUCCAUGCCCUUGGUCACCUCGACACUGAGUUCCUUUAUAACUAUAUUGUAAUAUAUCAAAGAAUCUCAAUCGGUAAUGAAAUACCUUACUAUGAUUUAAGUAGUACAGUACCUUAACUUGUUCACCCCUUAAAUGUCAUGAUGGACUAUACAGACGUUUGAAAUGGAAGAGUUCAAAUGUGUUUUCAGGGGUGAACUGUGAUUUAAACUGUCCUUUUGUUUGGUAAGGCAAGGAAGAUUUUUUCUUUUUUUUGACAGUCAAUCAAAGUCAUUCAACUACGCAAGGAUCAUUUUGCUCUCCUUUUAAAAAAAAAGAUGUUUUCGUUUAAGUCCUCUUUAUGACUGCAUUGAAUUUGUACAUGUAUUCAAAUGGAUCCACUAAGACUGAACGUUAUAUUGAUCUUUCUGGGACUGAGAAUGACAUUUUUAUCAGCAUUAUAUAUGUGGUAGAAGUUUUGUGAUGGACGCUCUAUGACGUCUGUCAAAGUUAUAUGAUAACGAAAUAUGAUAUUUAGAUUUGCGAUUGAAGUGCCUUACCUUGAUGUGAUAAUGAAUUUGAAUCACAACAAUUGUUGAAGUGUUACCUGGCUGCAAUGUCACCAAUUUUAGGCCUACCAUAAGCUGAGUUUUAAUUCAAGUUUCUGUGUUAAGUCUAUCUGGAUCCAGUUCCAUGAGAGUUCUUUUUAACUUACGGAAAUUCCACUGGAAAGCAUUGACGGAGGUGAGGUAAAACCUUCUGGAAGUUUUUCCUCAACUUCUGCUGUUCUUUCUGAUAUGUAUCUUCUAAGGUAAAGAUUUCCCCUCAUGAAAAGAAUGCUCUUGCACCUGGGGAGAAUUUUAAUUCUAAUUUAAUCUACCUUUGGUGUUUGGCAAUGAGUAUCCCAAACCCAAAAUCAGAGGGUUGUCAACAAAUAGGGACAGGAAUUUGAAAUUUCUUCCAACUGUAGGGAAGAUAGAGAGAUUACGAAGGGACAGGACUUGUAUAUCUGUCUUCCAGUUUAUACGACAAUGCUCUGAGUAAAGAAAUUAUAUCAUCCGUUGACUCGUAGUUUAACUUUGUUGUUUGUUUUACAGUGAACCAAAAUGCUGUAUAGAAUGUGAUAUCAUGAAUUUAUCAUCUUACCUACAAGUUCAUAAAUUGAGGCUGCCAACCCAACCUCUUGGCAUCAGGAAUACUCUCUUAUUUGUCACCGGCAUCUGGAAUAUUCUCUAAUUUUGGGAAUAACAGUACUUGAAUUAAUUUCAUUGCUAAAAUUGGUGUAUGGAUUCUUCCCGCACCUUGGUGUUUCAUAUACUACUUUAAUUCAUUCACCCCUUAAGACAUGAACUUUUCUGAUUUAAAGGUUGGAAUAGUUCAUUAUAAAAUUUCAGGGUUGACUGACUUAAUUAUUUACCAGCAAUCUGGUGUACGGAUUUAGGGUUGGCAGCACCUCGUAUCGUCCCAGAGGUUUAACAUAUUGAAAUAACUAUGAUGUUCUGUAUAAUUUAAAAUGAAAAUAAAAGUUAAAAAUGA